AAAAAUGAUUCUCUAUCUCUUGCUCUUUCUCACGGUUGCUCUGAUGGUAGCAGCCUCAUUGUUGCUCCCCUUCGUAACGAGUAUACAAUAUCCGAAGAGGAAUCGUUUUCAAUUAAAACAAGCACAACAUUUUCCGAUAUGGUUGGUUGUAUUGGUAGAGUUUAGGAGGAGAGUUGUGUUUUUAUUGGAUUUUAUUGUUCAUUAUAUUCAUGUAAAUUAUACAAUGAAGCCACAAGAGUUGAGUCCGAAAGUUGGAGAGUAUGGAAAAUUGGAUGUUGAAAUUGUCAAACCAAUUAAAGAUGACACUCCACAACAACAUUUUGGAAUGUUAUCACCUACAGAUGCUCCUUUUCCACCUUCACAUUAUUGUUUUCAAUUUGAAGGAUUUUUGGAUAGAAAAUUGUUUGUAGAAUCCCUUUCGGAAGUUUUAAAGCACAUUCCUAGAUUGGGUUCUAAAUUGGUCGAGUUCAAAUCUUUGGAUGAAUUGAAGAGAGGAACUGCUGGAUGGUUUGAUGAGUUGGGUAAUAUGGAGAGAAGAAUUGUUGAAGGCAGACUUUUGAAUGCUAAAAAGCCAAUAACACUUUUUGAUUUGAGAGAUGCCCAAUUGGAAGUUUGUUUUGCUGAAGAUGACACUAUUAAAACAAAUGAUGAAACUGGAUUAUUGACAGCCACUGAUUUGGCAAAGAAUAUGCACAUUCUUUCUGUGUUCGGUGUUAGAGGACCAAUCAAGGUUAUCCACUCCGAACCAACAGAUCCACUCACAAGACUUCAAGUUACUUAUUUACGUAAAGCAAACAAGACUGCUCUCACCAUUUAUAUGGAUCAUGCUGUUGGAGAUGCUUCUUCCAUCUCAAUGUUCAUGCAAUUGUUGGGUGAUAUUUUGAGUGCAAAGCAAACUGGAAAGGAAUUCAAACCACGUAAUCUUCCAGUUUGCAAUCCUGUUCCUAUCUUUAAAUUUGGAUACAAUAAGGAAGCAGAAAAGUUAGAUGAUUUCCUAUUCACUUAUUAUGAUCCUACUGCAUGCUAUUCCUUCUUCAGAGCUGAAGUAUUCAAAUAUCUAGAUCAAAACUCUAAAAAUCCAGCAAAAAUUAUUGCCAAAGAAAUUACUGUCAAUAAGAAACAAUUGGAUCAAUUGAAAAAGAAGAUUUUGAACGAAACUCCUGAACUGAAUGAUGUUGCCUUCAGCACCAAUGACAUGUUAAAUGUUUUACUUUUGAGAUCUGUUGCUUUUGGAGACAAGAUUAAUAGAAUUGGCAGCGAAAAGUUAUUGACAUUGAGAUAUGUUGCUUCAUUUAGAGAACGUUGUGAUUAUAUUACUAGUAAUUAUUUUGGAAAUGCUUUUGGAAUUAUCUUUGAUAGUGUAUCCAAGAAGGAAUUGUUGGAAAUGACUACUGGUGAAUUAAUCCUCUUAGCAAAGAAGAAUACUGAAAAGACUGUUAACAAUCAAGGUUAUUGGGAAACUAAAUUGGAAGAAAUGAAUCAAAGAUAUUUCGACCCUCUCCAAGUUGACUUUGGUUUCCCUGCCUUUGAAGGAAGUGAAAACUUUAUGGGAGUCACAAAUUGGGUCAAACCAAUGUUAGAAAUUGGUUCUCACUUCCAAGAUAAAUCCUAUCUGGGUAUCAGUACUCUUUGCAUGCCAUUCCCUCAUGUAAAUAAGAUUCUACCAACCUCAACAACUGAUCCAGAUGGUGGUGUUAGAUUGGUGCUUUCCUUGUAUGAGCCUGAAUACUUGUAUUUCGUUGGAGAAAUUCCAAAAGUUUAAUUUUAUUAAGACUCGAUCAAUGUAAAUAAAAAGAGCAUACCUCAAAGACUAGUGUUC